CCUGGGCAGCACUGUUUGCUGGUCUGGCAGACAGGGGUCUGCGUAGGGCCCUCACUGGGCCAUGGGGACAGAAAGCCAGGUGGUGGGGUGCCCAGUGUUGCGGGGCAGAAUUACAUGUGGCCCUGUGGCUUUGGGUGACAGGUCCACAUUCCAAGCAAGGUACAAUAUAUGCAGAGUUUGUUAGAUGUGGGGUUUUAGGCAUGUUUUAUACCAGUAUGUGUUUUCUUCUACCGACUGUACAUAUGAACUAUUUAUGAACUGUUGUUUUCUGCAUAGCUAGCUGGUGUAAGUGCUCUGGACGGCACCAGAGUGUAGGGUGUAUGUGCCUGUUUGGAAGGGGCGGUUAUUUACCUUCGAGUUGGAAGGUGUCACUUCUGGGUCCCAUUUCUGUGCUUCUGAGAUGUGGCCCAGUCUUGGUGAGGAUGGCCCCACUGGAAGGGUUCCUGUGUCUAUGUGAUGAGCGAGUUGCAUGGGGCAGGGGUGUGUACAUAUCUAGAACUCAGGUACCACCUAUCAGGAGGGACUUGAAAAACCGUAGGAUGUGAAAAACCACAGGUACCUGUGGAGCCGCUGGUACUGGUGUGAGGGGCUCUGGGUGGGAUAUACAGGUCGUGUUUAUGGGAUCGUGGGCAGCCUAGUGAAGGGAAGGCUGUGUGUGUGCAACAUUCUCUAAGGAAUUCUUUUGUGACAUUGUUUGUGGGGAGCCUGUCCGUGCUGUUGGGCUUGGAGGCAAGCUGCUCAGAAAACACUGUGGGGAGGGAGGUGGCGUGACAAGGACAUGUGGGCCUCAGCGUCGAGAGAUCAGCCGCAGGCUGUGUGUGCGUGCCUGCCUUUUGUGUGUUUAAGUGGCCUUGUGGGGCUGUUGUGGGGCUAUGUUAGGAAGGAGGCAGGGAGAUAAAUAUGGGGCAGAGCAAGGGCAGCAGGCGGGAGGCUUGGGUGUCGUCUGGGUGGCCCAGCUAGUCUUUGUGCAGGGUCUGUGAGCUUGCCUCUCACUGGCCUGCCCAGCGAGUUCAGGGUCACUGGGAGGAGAGGCCUGGCGGCUGCAAGGAAACUGAGCUUGGACAGAGUGGCUCCUUGGUCAUGUUUACGUAAAGGUCGGGUGUGACUCUUGUCACUGAAAUGGAAAAAAGAAACACGAAGUUUUCAGCCUCCUCCUCCUGCUUCACCCUUUCUUGGCCCCCCUUGCCGGUAUCUCUGCUUUUCCAUCUCUUCUGUGACGCACACUAGGCAGCUCCUGUGACUGUGGAAGGGUCUGAAUUCACUCACUAGGCAGAUUCCUCAGAGCAGGUUUUCUGUACCUUUGGGGCCUGGGUGCUUCUGUAGACGUGUGUGUGAGUGGGGUGGGUGAAUGGUGUGUGUGCAUUCCAAACGUGCACACCACUGGGUACUGUCCCUAACCUGGCCAGGAUGGUGGACAUGCAUGGGUGGUGGGAAGGCACUAUGGCUGGGCCUCCUGCGGGGAGGGGUUGCUAGGUGCUGUGAAAGGCCUGUACAACAGGUGUACCCCUGCCUGGCUGAGGGGAAGGGGGCCUAGACUAGAACUGAGUGGUUCUGGCCCUACUGCUUCCUCACUGGAACUUUCCCUGAAUGAGCCUCAGUUCUUGAUCUGUAAAAUGGGGUGAAUUGCCUGCCCUGCCUAUCUUCCAACAGGGUUGUAAGUAAGUAGUACCUGGGAAAUACACCUGGAAAGUUGCUACAGUUCAGGGACUAUGCCUGUGCCAGCAACCAUCAGCCAUCUGCCAGCGCUGAGCCCAUGUCGGUGCUGGGCUAAUAACAAGAGCAGUAAACACUUACUUAACACUUGCUGUGUACCCAGGCACUGCUCUCAGCUUUUACGUAUGAUCGCUCAUUUAGUCUUCGCAGUGCCCCAUGGAAGUAGGUAUUCUAAUUAACUCUCUUCUUCAGAUGAGACAGCUGAGGCCCAGAGAAGUGAUUUGCCUAACACCACUCAGUAAAAGGUAAAGCUAGAUUUGAACUCAGGCAGUCAGGUUCCAUAUCCUGUGCUCUUCUACGCUGUCUUCUGCUGCCCUUCUGAAGUAUUCUGUGGGCCACUCUGUACACACAUUUCUCCCUAAUUUUUGUGUAGCUUAACACCUGCACCAUUCCAUUUUAGAAGACUUGUGUGCCUAGUAACUCAGGGAAUCUUAGCCUGGGGAAUGAGCUAAUAUCUGCUGCUGGUUGCUGGCCACAGAGGCAAAAAAUGCUGAUGAACCAGAUGAAGGAAAGAUUGACCUUGUCCUGUGGGUCAAAGAGGGCCAAGAGGGAGAUGGCAUUUGAGUUUGAUCUUAACACUUCAGAGGGCUUUGGGGAAGAGGCUGGGACAGGUUGUAUUUCUGACAGGGAGACCAGCAUAGGCAAGGGAAUGGAGAUACAGGAUGCAUUGAGUUUGGAUAGAGCACUGGGUGCUUGAAGGGAGACUAACAGGCAAGAUUAGAAAGGCAGAUUGGAACUAGACCCUUGAAUGCCUGGCUGAGGAAUUUGAACUUUAUUUAGGAGUGAGUGGGGACCAGUGAAGGAUUCUGAGACUAGGAGUAAUACCACCUGAGCUGCACUGGGGACAUUGACCUUCAGUGAGAGGAAGGCUGGAUGAGGGAAGAGGCCCGGCAGAAGGGACUUGCUGAGCCACCCCCCUUCUGCUCCAUGUUGGCUGUGCUCUCAGGCUGGCGCCAUGCCCCCCCCAGCAGAGGUGACGGACCCAUCCCAUGCCCCCGCUGUCCUGCGCCAGCUCAAUGAGCAGCGGCUCCGUGGCCUCUUCUGUGACGUCACCCUCAUAGCCGGAGAUACCAAGUUCCCUGCUCACCGCAGCGUCCUGGCUGCUUCUAGUCCCUUCUUCAGAGAGGCCCUGCUUGCUUCAGCUCCACUGCCCCUCCCACCAGUUAUUGGGGGCUCAGCCCCAAACCCUGCUGCCACCACAGCUGCCUCCUCUUCUUCCUCCUCCUCUUCCUCCUCCUCCUCUUCCUCCUCUUCUCCCCCUCCAGCCUCACCCCUGGCUUCAUCCCCACCCCGGGUCCUAGAGCUGCCAGGGGUCCCAGCAGCUGCCUUCUCUGAUGUCCUCAACUUCAUCUAUAGUGCCCGGCUUGCACUACCUGACGGUGGAGGGGAUGGGGCAGCUGUGGCAGAGAUCGGAGCUCUGGGGCGGCGUCUGGGCAUCUCCCGCCUACAGGGCCUUGGGGAGGGAGGUGAUGCCUGGGUACCUCCUGCCCCAGCCCCCAUGGCCACCUCGCAGCCUGAAGAGGACAGCUUUGGGUCUGGGCCUAGGCCAGCUGGGGAGUGGGAAAGGGACAGGGCUGAGGCCCAGGCCCCUGACUCGCAGCCCCUCCUGCCCCGACGGCCUCUCCCCUGUCCCCGAUGUGGAAAAAGCUUCAUCCAUCCCAAGAGGCUGCAGACCCAUGAAGCACAGUGUCAUAGGGGCAGCAGCACUAGGGGUUCUGCAGGGCUGGGAGCCGGGAGCUCUGGCCCUAGUGGCCCCACAGGAGUGGAUGCCUCAGCCCUGCCCCCCACAGUGGGCUUCAGAGGUGGCCCAGAGCACCUGGUGAAGGUGGUGGGCGGCCAUGUGCUGUAUGUGUGCGCGGCCUGUGAGCGUUCCUACGUGACCCUGUCCAGCCUGAAGCGGCACAGCAAUGUACACUCCUGGCGGAGGAAGUACCCCUGCCGCUACUGUGAGAAGGUGUUCGCCCUGGCUGAGUACCGCACCAAGCAUGAGGUGUGGCACACCGGGGAGCGCAGGUAUCAGUGCAUCUUCUGCUGGGAGACCUUUGUCACUUACUAUAACCUGAAGACCCACCAGCGAGCCUUCCAUGGCAUUAGCCCAGGCCUCCUAGCCAGUGAGAAGACACCCAAUGGAGGCUAUAAGCCCAAGCUCAAUACCCUCAAGCUGUACCGUCUGCUCCCCAUGCGGGCAGCCAAGCGACCCUACAAGACCUAUAGCCAGGGAGCCCCUGAGGCCCCUCUUUCUCCAAGCCUCAACACACCGGCCCCUAAAGCAAUGCCAGCCAGCUCACCCCCUGGACCCCCACCUGCCCCAGAGCCUGGGCCCCCACCCUCUGUCAUCACUUUUGCCCACCCAGCUCCGUCUGUCAUUGUUCAUGGGGGCAGUAGUGGUGGUGCAGCAGGGGCUGGGCUGGCCAGCACAGGGGGUGCCCAAGCCGCCUCGGUCAUCACUUACACUGCUCCACCAAGACCCCCCAAGAAACGUGAGUACCCACCUCCUCCCCCAGUGCCUGCACCCACACCAACCAGCCCAGCCAUAGCAGGCAGCCCAGCAACGGCUGCAGGGCCUGCCAUGGCCACGGAAGAGGCCAAAGGCCGCAGCCUGCGGGCUGGAAGGACUCUGACCUAUGUGGCCAAGCCAGCUGGUGGGAUUGGUGGGGAUGGAGGUCCUCCUGCAGGGCCUGGCCGGGGUCCUCAGCUACAGGUGCCACCUCCACUGUGUCAGAUAACUGUGCGAAUCGGUGAGGAGGCCAUUGUGAAGCGCCGCAUCUCAGAGACUGACCUGCGUCCUGGGGAGCUGAGUGGAGAGGAUAUGGAGGACAGUGAGGAGGAGGAUGAAGAGGAAGAUGAGGAGGAGGAGGAGGAGGAAUCGAAGGCUGGUGGAGAGGACCAACUCUGGAGGCCCUACUACUCAUACAAGCCCAAGCGCAAGGUUGGAGCUACAGGCUCAGGCAGCAGCGGGGGCAGCGGGAUGCCCAGAGGCCGCAGGCCACCACGCUGGAGACAGAAGCUGGAACAGAGGAGCUGGGAGGAGACCCCAGCAGCUGAUGGCCCUGCAGGGCGUGCCUGUGGUGAGCGGAGGCACCGCUGUGGGGACUGUGCCCAAACGUUUGCCACCCUGAGGAAGCUGCGAAAGCACCAGGAGGCCCACAGUGGGGGCUCCCAUACCUCCCGGGCUGGACGGAGACCUUCCACCCGCUUCACCUGCCCUCAUUGCGCCAAGGUGUGCAAGACGGCAGCUGCUCUGAGCCGCCAUGGACAGAGGCAUGCUGCUGAGAGGCCUGGGGGUACCCCCACACCUGUCAUUGCCUACUCCAAAGGCAGCACUAGUACGAGACCUGGGGAUGUCAAGGAGGAGGCCCCCCAAGAGAUGCAAGUCUCUUCGUCCAGCGGGGAGGCAGGUGGUGGGAGUGCUGCUGCUGAGGAAGCUUCUGAGACUGCAUCACUUCAGGACCCUGUCAUCUCAGGGGGUGAGGAGCCCCCAGUGGUGGCAGGAGGGGGCACCUAUGCAUACCCACCUGUGCAGGAAUUUCCACUGGCUCUGAUUGGAAGUGGCCGGGAACCUGGUGGUGGUAGGGGAAAACCUGGGAGUGAGGGGCAAAUGGGGGCUGGGGAGGGGGACCGGAGGGAAGGGAUAGGAGCUGCCAAAGUCACAUUCUACCCCGAGCCCUACCCACUUGUCUAUGGCCCCCAGCUCCUUGCUGCCUACCCUUAUAACUUCAGCAACUUGGCCGCUCUCCCUGUUGCUCUUAACAUGGUCCUACCUGAUGAGAAGGGUGGGGGGGCCCUUCCUUUCCUACCAGGGGUCUUUGGCUACGCAGUCAAUCCUCAAGCAGUACCCCCUACUCCCCCAACUCCACCCCCCCAAACUCUUCCUCCACCAGUCCCCCCUAAGGGAGAAGGUGAAUGGGCAGGGGUUGAGGGAACCCAGAAGGGAGAUGUGGGGUGAGCUCUGUGCCUGGAUCUCCCCUUUCACCAGAUGCCACCCUCCCUGAACCCCCUGCCACUACCAGCUCCCUGGCCUCCCUACCCCUUGGGAGCUCCUCCACACUCUUGUGCAGGAACUUUGGGGCCUUGGAGCUCAGGAGUCAGGCUGCUUUGUGUGAGAUUGUAGUUUUCCUAUCUCCUGGGAAGGGAUCUUUGGUGGUUCCCCUCUCAGUUCUCCUCCAGGGAAUGGCCUCCAUGAGGGGCAGGGCCAGCUCCCAUCCCCUUCUCCAGCCCUUGGGGCAACUGAGCAAUAUACUUAUAUGAAUCUCUACUCAUGGCCCCACCAGCUCUGAAGUCUAAUCCACUCCCCUGAUUCGUAUACCUAGGGGGAAACCAUCUCUCUCACCUAAUGAUCCCCGCUCCUUCUGAGCUUUCUCUAAGACCUAGCCCAGAUGCUUCCUAGCACAUUCCAUUCUUCACGGCCCAGGGCCUGGACCAGGACCAUGUGAUACCUGACACCCACCUUAGAGCACCUUGGAGCUUGGCUUUUGGAUUCUAUUCUCUGAUGGUGGAUAUUUCUGUGUCCCUUUCCUCUCAAGUUAAGAUGCCCAUGCCUUCCUUGGCUUCCAUGCCUUUGGAUCUUCCAUAUUCCUCCUCACACUCCUACACUCUGGAGAUGGCCUCUCCCAGUCCUGGUCAAGGAGGUGUUGGGGAGGAGGGCUACCCAUCUGUUUUCUUCCCCAGCCCAGGGCAGCACCAAUCUUGGCCUCUAUCUUGACCCCCAAAUCCAGUGAGCCCUAGAUUCUUCCAAGGCAAAAGAGGUGAGUAUAUCAUACCUCUUUCUGCCUCUAUAUAUGGCCUCUUCUGGGCUAAAUCAGGUUUGGGGGCUAGGAGGUAGGAGCUCCUUUUGGGAUGGGGAAGGGAAUCUACUUUCUCCCUGUUUUCUCCUGAUGGUUUCUCCCAGACUAGACCAAAUAGCCAGAAAAAUAAUGGGGGUUGGAUGGGUGGGUAAGCCCAAGAUUUGCACAUGACCUCCCAUCCUUACCUUUACCCCCUUCUUCCCCAGUGUCACUUCCCUCACCAAUCACUCCAGAUGGUUUUGGGGAAACCAUACUAUUCCCUUGGUGGGCUCUGGGGUAUCCCCCACCAACUUUCCCUCCAGAAUAGCACCUUAUACCCCAUCUUUGAUUCAGUUCCCCAUACCCAAAGAUCCCAGCCUAGGGAUGGGGUGCAGGGACCUUAAAUAGUCUCUAAUCCCUAAUUUGCACUAGUUAACCCUGGUCAGGGUCCCUAUGUUUCCUUCCAGGGGGGAGUUGAAGAAAUGUUUGCUUCUAAUUCUCUGGUAACUGGGCCUCCCCACUCUGUGAUUGGAUGAAACAUUUCCCAUCCCACCCACCUCCCUUCCCCACAAAAAAAACACCCAGCUCACAAGGGGAGAGCCAGUUUUGGGGAGCGAAUUUGAUAAAUGGGAAUUAGAGGAGUGCAGUUCAAAAAGGGAAAAGUAGCUGUCAUCAAAAUGUCAGCCUUUUUCCCAGCUACUGUUUUCUGGGGCCAAGAUGGCUGCCCUCUCAACAGAUGUUGAAAGGGCAAGAUCAUGGCUGUUAGAGGGAGGUGAACUUGUGGGGAGGGACAGGAGCAUCCUCCUGCCUCCUCUUAGCCUCCCAGACUAUACAAAAGGGGAGGUUUUUGACAGGCUCCCUGAAUGUUAACCAUGGAGGAGUGCCACUCCUUCGCUACUCCUCUGUCUCUUUGCACUUUUCUUGGUCUUGGCCACAGUCCGAGUGAAGAGUUUUCCUACUGAAUGUACCAAGUUCCAAUUUUUAUGGGAGGAAAAAAACAAUUUUAAACAGGGAAAAAUGCAAAAAAAAAUCACUAAAAUGUUCCCACAAAUCUUGUUCCUGGCACUUUAGAAAACUGCGGAAAAAAGUACAUAAUAAAGGAUACAUAUAUAAUAUCUACACACAAAGUAUAUAUAUACACACAGCGGAACCACAAGAGAGACUGAGGAAGGCCUUGGAGGCAGGGGGCAGAUGGGAUGAUAGUCCCCUUAUAUCCUUAACCUGAACUCCUCUGAGGCAAAAAGGCACAGGAAAUGGAAGGGGAUGAGGAUAGACCAGGGAAUUUGAAUUUCAGGACCAGGUGUAGUUCUAAACUAUUUUGGGAGAACUGAGAUUGUAGACAUUUAUUUUUUUGAAAAUAUCAUUUAGGAAAAGUAAGUUUCCAGAAUUUAGUAGUUCUGUGCAACACAUGAAAUUGUGAUGAAAUGGACAUUAAAAGAUAUGGGGAACUUGAAUAUUGUGAAUUUCAGAUGUUGGAAAUUUGGGGUUUUGCAAUUUCAUCUUUUGAAAACUAUCAAGUCUUAUCAGUUUGCGCCCUCUUUCCCCAUGUUCCCUGGGAAGAAUGGUGAUGGUGGAGGGGAAGGCCACUGGUUCUGUGCCACAGCACGCAAGAUUUAGAAUUCUGCAGACUCUAGCUCUAUAUGUAGUGAGGACCCAGAUUUAGAGAAACUGACCAAUAUUUAUCUCCGCAUUUGUGUGUGUGUCCAACUCUCUAGGCCAAUAAACCAACGAGACAAAUGAAUGAACUGUGCUCCGCA